AUGUCGCGCCGGCCUCGCUGCUUUCUCUGUGGCAUUGGUGUUUUUGGCAAUCGCGCUCGAUUCUUCCGCUUCGAUCGCUCUUCGAUAUUGGUAUCCGAGGCCUUUGAAUACAAGGUGAAUCCCGAGCCACUCUGGCAAUUCUUGGCUGGCUUCGGCGCCGAGGGUUACUAUGGUAGUGGCGUGGACCCUACGAUAGACUUCGAGGUCCACGGUCACGACGCUCUCCUACUGGAAAAGAUUCGAAAGGCGAGAGAGAAGCGCCUGCUCUCAGAAGAAGCUGAGAAGCUACACGAUGACACCCUGAGGGCGCAGAGCAGCACCAUCAGAGUUCCGUCCAAGGACGGUGCGAAGCUCGAGCAGUACAUCACCGUCGGCCCACCUUUGGUGACCUCGACAGCGCUCCUUGGUCGCGGGACGUGCACCUGGCUCGCCUUCCCUGUUCCCGGGACCGUCGAAAAUCCGGAGCGCAGCAACGAAGACCACUUCGUAAUCAUCAAGGAUUCUUGGCGGGACCCUACUCGUAGACUCGAGGGCGAUAUAUACGACAUUAUCCAUGGCGGCAAGGAUCACGUUGAUCACAUUCCCGGCGUGGCGAGGAAGCGCAGCGAUGUAGAUCUUGUCGAGCCGCCUGACCCGAACAACAAGAUGCAUCGGACGCUCGCCCACAUACUGAACACCCAUAUACUGGAUGACAAUGCGCCUCGCAAAUGCCCCCCUCGCGUCCAUCAUCGAUGCAUCCUCGAUUCCGUCGGGAUCCCUCUCAGUCGGUUCACAUGCACUCGCGAGGCGUUGGAAGCGAUCUAUGACUCGCUCUUAGGUCAUGAACACAUGAGCAAGAAGGAUAUACUCCAUCGGGAUAUCAGCGUGAAUAAUAUCAUGAUCAGCGCUUACCCCGAGGUGGAGAAAUGCAAAGGCUUUCUUAUUGAUGUCGAGUACGCUACCGUGAUUGGGGAGCCCGGGAGCGAGGGGCAUCUCCGUGAAAUCACGGGAACCACGCAGUUUCUUUCCACUGCUCGACUUCGGCAAGGCGAGCAGUUACUCGUUCAUGAAACUUGGCACGACCUGGAAUCGUUCUUCUGGUCUACGACGUACCUCUUCAUUCAUCACAGGCCACAUACUUUACCGGACACGUGGAUAACUGGGGUCUUCGCCAUUUGCCAUGAAUCCAUAAGGCUUGACUUGGUGAGAAGACACGUGGAGACGAUGGAAAUCCUGUGUGGCCCUGACAGCAGCAGUGAAGGCGCCGCUAGAGAUCAACAGGAGAAUGUACCGUUGACCUCCUGUAUUCGUCGGCUUGCGGAGCUCGUCAAGAGCCACUACCAAGACAAAGAUUGGAUCAAGAAAGCUUAUGCUACAUUUCCGGAUAUGUUCUUUCAACUCAAGACCCAUGAGAAGAUAAAGCAGGUCAUACGCGAGGCUUUGGACUCCGAUUGCUGGCCUUCGAAUGAUGGCGCCACCCCCUUCCGCCUCAUAGAAACACCCAAGAAGGCUGCUCGGGCCACCACGGCAGCAAACCUCAAGGCCGGGAUCGAAUCCAACCAGAUAUCUGGAAGCGGGAGCAAGCGCAAGCGUGACGAGGAGGAGGGCUCGUCAACGAAACGUGCCCGUCCUACUAGGGCCACGAGCCAGGAUGGUACGGAGAAGGAGAGCACCGUUCAUAGGCUCAAGGACCGUCUUCCGGCCGUCCUCGAGUAA